CCAUCGAGGUGCGUCACAACCCACGGCGUGACCAAUCGACUUUACAUAUCCAGAGCGCCUUUCGAGCAGGCUACUAACAUAGAGCAUGAAGUUCUCCAGAUCCUAUCCAAACAUUGGUCGAUUGUUUUCGUACCAGUAGGUAAGUCUCAGAACUUCAGCGCUGAUUUUCAAUAUUCAUGCGGCUAUGACUUCUAUUUGCAUAUUGCAUCAGUCCAAUCCCACCAAGAUGUCAAGGGCGGGAUGCCGAAUAUCACUUCUUACGCUAGGUAUUUUCUUGGUUUCUCACCGCGUGGUUCUGGAGAAUAUAAUCUCUCUUAAGGUGCACCUGAUUCUGCAAGUCCAACUUUUCAAAAGCCGGAUCAAAUUUCUUGUGCAAGCAAGGAUCUAGUUCUUCUUCUCGUCGCCUUCACCUCCUUCAAAUGAGUCAACAAGUACUCGACUGCAGGUUACAAGGUGCCCACAUCUCGGACGAGCUGGCCAAGGUUCUAGCAGGUCGUAUAUGGCGAUCAGAUUACACUAGACAUGAAGGACCAGCUUCCGAGCUUGACAGCUAUGUCUUUGCCUUGGAGGCAAAGCUGCAAGUCUUUUCCGAGAGUCUACACGUAAUUCGUCACUUCCGCCACUUGGUUGAUCUGAUCGAUUUGAUUCAACAGAACCGAAAUCAGCCUCGCGAAGAGAUCGGACAAUAUGCUAGGAUUUUAUGCAAUCGAUGGUUUACAGAUCCACUGGAACUUAAUGUGCCUGUACCUCCUGCAGCCUAUAAUUCCAUCGACUUCGCCGUUGAUGUCUGGCUAUUGCGUCGCUACAACAUAGCUGGCUUGAGCCGAACGCCAGGUGAACACAUUUUCGCCUGGGAAGGCGCUCGCACUCCAAUGACUGACGCCUUUCGACUCAUUCUGCCCGGUCAUCAAGACAUAACUUCGCCACCACCUGAUCAAGUCUUUUCAAGCACGCUUACUCUACGCGACUUGCACACACUUGGCGAUUUUGUCAUACAGCCUACCGACAAUCUAUUUCAACAUCUUUUAGUGCAAAAACACCGGAACAGGAAGAUGCGACCCACCGUGUACGUUUUCUUCAAUGUCUAUGCUAUUUCCAAGCUACAGACAUGGAAUGAGCCGUUAAAUAGUGUUCAUUUCGACGAUCCGAAGUUUCUUGAAGAGACUAUUCGGACAUUGGCUUUACUGCUCCCAUCUUACGAAAAAGACACCCACAGCUGGUUUACGAAAUACAGCAAGAAGAUGCAGCGUAAUUUGCCACGCAACAGUCUACCUGCCAUCGACCGCCGUGCCGGACGGCUGCCUUUUGCCUCAAGGCGUAAAGUUGAUUAUCACUACUGGCUCCCACGACUGCUAGAUUUGGAAAAGGAGUUUGCAAACUCAUCUCCAAGAACUCUGAGGCAAUUCUUGCGUGACCGUCGGCGUUACCGUGAACUGACUCUAUACUGGGUAGCUGUCAUCGCUCUAGUGCUAACUCUGAUAUCAUCUUUGACUGGUGUGGUGUCCGCCAUUGUGGGUGGCUUGGCUUUGAGGGGGGGCAAGGAUGGCAAAGGGUCACUCGAUGCAGCUUGCUGUUGCCGCGACGUAGACUCCAUCACAAAUAUCUUGACGGUGGCAAGUGUGAUUACAGCGCCUGCGCCUGGAAUGACAUUUGAGCCAGCUCAAAUGAUAGACCCGUCCCAGACAAUGAUUGUCACGGUAAGAAUUACUACUACGAUUACCGUAGCCGGGGCGUGAUGUCGCCCGGUCUCUUGUUUUCAGGUCGUUAUUACGUGUUACAUAUAGACCGACGUUUUCUCACGGGCAAUCUUCAGACUAGCCGCC